AUGUCGCUCCCAUUCCAGCAGUUGCAGCCGCCUCCGCCGCCGCUGUACGUGGAGACCUACAGAUCCCACGGCGGGUCCGUUGGGCCGGUGAUCGCCGUGCUGGCGGUGAUCAUGGUGCUGGGGGUGAUCGCGGGGAUCGUGGGGCGGCUGUGCUCCGGCCGGACCAUCAUGGGGUACGGGCACUACGACCUGGAGGGGUGGUUCGAGCGGAGAUGCGCUCCCUGCAUCGACGGUAGGCUGGAGGCGCCCACGCCGCAGCCGAGGGCUCCCGGGACCGGUGGCGGUGCAGCAGCCGAAGCAGGCGGAGCGGCGGCCUGA